AUGAGAGCAAACUUGGAGGUCUUAGCCCUGGUCCUGGGCUUCAUCGGCCUGGUUGGGACCAUAGCUGUCACUGCCAUGCCCAUGUGGAGGGUCUCUGCCUUCAUUGGUGCCAAUCUCAUUGUCAUGGAGGAACUCUGGGAGGGCUUGUGGAUGGAUUGCUACAGACAGGCCAACAUCAGGAUGCAGUGCAAGGUGUAUGACUCCGUGCUAAUUCUUCCACUCGAGCUGCAGGCGGCCAGGGGGCUCAUGUGCGUGUCCAUAGUCCUAGUUGUCAUCUCUCUGUUCUUCACAGGAUGUGGAACCAAGAAGAGCAAUUGUUGUGACGACAACAGAAAAGGCAAGAACAUCACUCUGGCCUUAGCGGGGGGUUUCUAUCUGCUUUCCUCUUUGACCACACUCAUCCCUGUCAGCUGGGUGGGCCAUACUGUCAUCAGCAACUUUUACAACCCAACGGUGCUGGAGUCUCAGAAACGGGAGCUGGGGAUGGCCCUCUUCAUUGGCUGGGCCACUUCUGGUAUUCUGCUGAUCACUGCGGUCAUCCUUCUGUUCAGCUACAGCAAACGUAGCUCAAAGGAGGAAGAGUCCUACACCGACGCACAUCUUAUGGCGGCAAGGGAUGUACAGAAAGAGGAUAUUGUGUACCUGGGGAGAACGCCAUCCAGCUUUCAUAAGCAUCAAGAAUAUGUGUAA